CCUGUGGAAGCGCCGGUCACAUCUACAACAUCUAUUGUGGAAUGAGUAUUAAGUGAUAUGAUGAUGAUUUAAAGCCGGUAAAAUAUUGGGAAUUUGUAGAAAUGGCGGGAGUUCUGAGAAGCUGUGGACAAAAUGUAACCAGAAAUGACUCUCUAAUUUCCUUCUUGGUUGUUAGUACGAGUGAUUUGUGUGAGAAAGUUUCGGAUGGAUUGCUGCAGAGUGCAAAAGAGAGAGAUCGUCGCGUAGUUGUGCAUCAGUGUGAAUCUAUCAUUCAAGUACUUCGAUUUAAGCCAGACACUAGUAUAGAUUUUAUUAUUUUUGCAUACGACGGACACGUUACUAAUGUUCUAUCAGAGGUGAGUUUGAAUUUUUAUUUACAGUAA